ACCAGUCACCACAGAUUUACGAAUAGAUUGACCAUGAACUUUUAAUUGCUUGAAAAAAAAGGCUCAUUAUUCAAUUGGUAAUUAUGCAAAAAGUUAGGAACUCAGACCGCCGCUGAUGUCCGAGUUUUCCGAUUCGCGGUUUUCUUGGGUCGUUAAACUCGUUUAUUCGUUAUCACUUAUCAGUGACCGGGGUAUCGGUGUUGGCUAACCUGAUACCUGAGGAAUGCGUUUUGCAGCCUCCGACGGAGAGAUAAAACCAGUGGAAAUAAAAACCAAUCAAUAGAUAUGUAAACAUAGUAAACAAAAGAGUUAAAUCUUUUCAUUUUUAUCAUUGAAGAUUUUUCGUUUUAGUUUAGUUAGUUUUGUGAAAUAUUUUUUAAUUUUCAACGUUUGUUCGUACCGUAUGCCGUUCAAAUCAGCAGUUCAUCAAUCAGCUAUGUUCAGUUCGCGCACUUUAUUAAGCUGAUAAACACUUCUUAUUUACAUUGUACCGGACGUUUUACCUAGUAUUUCAAGAUCAAUUUCUGGUACAUUUUUAUGUAACAAUAUCAAUGCACAGUCACAUUGUUUUCCACUUUUUUAUUUUUAUUUAAUUUCUUAUUUUCUUCAGACUUUGGCUAAGUGUUUAGUUAUUUUUGUUUAGCUGUAGCCAUAACUAUUUUUAAUGAACAGGUUGACUGUCAUUUUGUCCGUAAAGAAACGAAACCAUUAAGCUGGCAGGAGCAUUGGAAGACAAGUCAGAUUUGGAGGGGACCGCUCCGACCUCUCCAGAUCAUGUUUCGUCGGAUCAAUCAGGUUAGUAGUUGUAUAUGGCCCUGUUUGACAAGCUCGGCUGCAACAGGUAAAAUAAAAUGUGUAUUGGAGAUGAGCGCUGCGACCGAAAGUGGUAUCCGGUUGAGCGGACAUACUCUAGACAAGGCGACCAAGGCCAAAGUCACCCUUGAGAAUUACUACAGCAAUCUGAUCGCUCAGCACAUUGAACGGAAACAGAGGUUGGCGAAACUCGAAGAAACUUUGAAGGAUGAAAGCCUGUCGGAGCAACAGAAACAGGAAAAACGGCAGCAACAUGCGCAAAAAGAAUCUGAAUUUCUCAGGCUCAAGAGAUCGAGGCUCGGGGUAGAGGAUUUUGAACCGUUAAAGGUCAUCGGCCGUGGUGCUUUUGGAGAGGUGAGACUGGUUCAGAAGAAAGACACAGGUCACAUAUACGCCAUGAAAAUCCUACGCAAAGCAGACAUGCUUGAAAAGGAACAAGUGGCGCACGUCCGUGCAGAAAGGGACGUCCUCGUCGAAGCUGAUCACCAGUGGGUCGUUAAAAUGUACUAUAGUUUUCAGGAUCCAAUAAACCUUUACCUUAUAAUGGAGUUCCUGCCCGGUGGUGACAUGAUGACGCUACUCAUGAAAAAGGAUACACUCAGCGAGGAGUGUACGCAAUUUUAUAUCGCCGAAACUGCGUUGGCUAUUGAUUCUAUACACAAACUCGGAUUUAUACACAGGGAUAUCAAACCCGACAAUCUACUACUAGACGCCAGGGGCCACAUAAAGCUGUCGGACUUCGGACUGUGCACCGGCCUGAAAAAGUCGCACCGGACGGAUUUCUACAGAGACCUGAGCCAGGCCAAACCGUCGGAUUUCAGUUUUUUCUGUUCGCCAGCAUCGAGUCCGAUGGACAGCAAACGGCGUGCGGAGAGCUGGAAGAGAAAUCGCCGGGCGCUGGCCUACAGCACCGUCGGCACGCCGGAUUACAUUGCGCCCGAAGUAUUCCUCCAGACCGGUUACGGUCCUGCUUGUGAUUGGUGGAGCGUCGGUGUCAUCAUGUACGAAAUGCUAAUCGGGUACCCACCGUUCUGCAGUGAAAAUCCUCAGGAGACGUACAGGAAGGUUAUGAACUGGCGGGAGACGCUGAGCUUCCCAGCCGAGGUGCCCAUCAGCGAGGAGGCUCGCGACGCCAUCACCCGAUUCUGUUGCGAAUCGGACCGCCGUCUCGGCUACAGCGGCCGCGGCAUCGACGACCUCCGGUCAACGAUAGCGUUCUUCCGCGGCGUCGACUGGGAGCACAUCAGAGAACGGCCGGCCGCCAUACCCGUCCAAGUCAAGUCCAUCGACGACACGUCCAACUUCGACGACUUCCCGGACGUCAAGCUCGAAAUACCGUCGGCACCGAUAUCGCAAGACGGCGAAGUGAUCUACAAAGACUGGGUGUUCAUCAACUACACGUUUAAGCGGUUCGAGGGGCUCACUCAGCGGGGCAUAGCUACCAAAAAGUGAUUUUAAACAUCGUUAACGAUAGUGCAAUGUGAUAUUUUUAUCUAACCUCCUACGCUUUCCUCCAAACAACCGCCCCUGUACUCCUCCUCCACCCCACCCCCUCCGCCCCUCUCAACACCCUACCCAAUCCACUUCAACCCACACCCCACGAAUCCUCCACACCAUCCCUAUCACCAUUAGUUGGCAUGCAGAAUUUAUGAUCUCAAGAAGAAAAGUGUUGUUUUCUUCUCAGCGAUGAAAAAAAAACCAACUGAAGAUUCCAAAGACCAAAUGUUUUUUUUUUUUAAACACAUAUAUAUAAAUAUAUAUAUAUAUAUGAUAACCUGUGCGAUCGAUGAUGAUGCAUAGUUGUUAUCCAAUAACCGUCUCACAUGUAUAUUCAAAACAAAUCGAUUUAUUGUGUAGCGUUCAGUUCGAAUGUUCUUAAUGUUAUGUUACUUGAUAUUAUUUUUGCACCCUAAAAUUAUCUCUUAAGCUUCAUCUAGUCAACUCCUUCUUUUUUUUUCUCUCGAACAAUUCGAAAUUUUAAACCAUAUACACGUUAGGUGAUAUUAUCUUAUUCAUCGAAACACUUUCGGCAUAUUACAACCUCGGCAAAAAUAAAAAUAAACAAAUGAUAUUAAUAUUAAUUAAUGUGAGAUAGGUGAGACAAGACGUUAUAGCGUGUACAUAUUAUGUUGGUAUAUAUAUACCGUUCACACAAUACCAUACAACUAAAAUGAUAACCGUGAGUUGUGCUUAUAUAUUGUAUGUAUAUGUAUAUAUAUAUGUAUAGUGUUAUACUAUUCAUGUACAUAGUCUGGUGCACUGGCCGCUGGUGCUCAGGCGCGGUCAUUCCACAACCACCUGCGGGGAAUACGAACGUCUAUAAAUAUUGUCCUAGUGCACAUCAUCGUUCGAAGGGACGUUCCGGACAAUAUAUUAUAUUAUAUAUAUAUUUUAGUAAAAACCGUCCGAGUCUUGCCCUUUGACGAGUAUAAACAAAACAUUUUUUUUUUUUAAAGUUGAUUAUUACGCACUUUUAGCAUGUUCCUAUAAACUAUAGGUAGUGGUAGCCAAUGAAUAAUUAAUUAAUAAUCGGACAACAAGGCCGAAUGCGAUUGACCCCGGGACAGGUUAGACUUAAGAUUUGUUUUGAUUAUUAUUAAUUUCUCGAUCUGAAUUUUGUUUGUUUACGCGUAGACGUUAGUUUUAACAGUUGUGAUAUUCGCAAAGUUAAUUAUUAUUGUUUGUUCGUAAUUUUUUUUAUGAUUAUUAUUAUUAUUAUUACUACUAUUAAUUAAUUAUUAUUAUUAUUAUUAUUAUUAUUAUUAUUAUUACUACUACGAACAUGACGCUGUUUAUCGUUUUUUAAGUAGCGGUUUUAUAUUAUAUUCGUAAAACCGUUGUCUUCUCAAUACUCCGCAUUAGACCAGUAUCUGAUUAGAGUCAAAAGCUGUCAUAUUAUAUAUAAAUAAAUAUAUUAUAUUUUUCAGUACCUAUGUAAAUUUCAA